UUUCUAAAAUCCUCUGUCUAUAAAAUAAGUAUCUUUUUACCUUGUAUUAUAUGUACUUAAUUAUGUAUGUACUUUUUUGUGUGUAAGCAUCCCUAUUUCGGGACAUCGACACGCGUAGCAGAUGGCGCCGCGAAUUUCCCCCGUUUCGUUCGCGCGUAUAUCUAGCCCCAUCCAUUCCUGGCCGCGCCGCACUGUCGACCAUCGGAGAUCCUCAGUACAAAACCACCCCCGGAGCUAGCAGUGGUUUAUCGCCAGCUGGUGGGCGAUGGUACGCGGAUACAUCCCGCGACUCAGCCAAUACGCUACCAACGUCUUUAUCAAUCAACUUCGCUAGAAGUGCCAUUUUCAAUGGUGAAGCUAUUCUUCAAUUGAAGAGAUUUGUCGAAAGUGUCGAGGCGCGAAUUGCCAAACCGCGAAUUUUCAAUUUUGUUUUGCCGCGUUUUUCAGCGCCUCGUUUUAGCGAUCGAUGAUAGAAAACGAAUUUUUAAGAUUGUUUUCCAGACAGUGAGUGCGAACUUCAAUUCGUCAAUUCAACUUCUCAUUUGGCGGUAAGCGGCGAAUAUAUGAAACGCGAGGCGUGAUGCCUACUGCAAUUUAAAAACUCGAUUAUCGUAAUUUUGUGUUACUUUAACAUUCGUUCGAAAUAUUCAGUGCAAUUGUGGCUUACAGAGCUUUGAAUGUUUGAUGUAAAGUCGCUUCUUUAACGUGCGCCAACAUAUGAAACUGAAAACACAAGACAGUUAGAGACUAUUUUAAAUUGGCUCACAAUGUCGGUUGCCAAACGUUUAUUUUCAAUGAGAUAAAUGACACUCUAUCAAGGCGGAAUAUAAUGUACUUGUUACGAUCAUUUUAUUCGAAGAAGUUGGUCAGCGCACUUGCGGACGAAGUGCACGGCGUGAUUUGCGCGAACUUUAGUUUGUCAAGUUCAAUCGUGCGGCGGUAAACAAAUGUUGGAAAGUUUAUGACCCAAGUUAUAUAUUUAGAGAUCGAUUAUCGUAUCGCCGUGUUGAUCCGCUGCGUCGAUCGAAGUUCUUAGCGCGGCGUUCCUCAAUUUGGUUCGCGGCGUUCGAUAAAACGUCAAUAAGCAUCGCGCUGUUUACGCCUUCAUACGCAGCCAAAUGAAUAAAUGAAAUUAUUAUCAAGAUUAUUAUCGCGGGGGACCGAUACUUUAUGUGCAUUUUCAGUAAUUUAAACCGAAGACAGAAUUAAAAUAAAAUAUCGUAUUAUAAUAAUAUAUGUUAACGUUCUCUCAUGCGAAAAGUGGAGCUUUCGAUUCUUGAGGUUUUUCAGAAUUUGAAGAAAAAUUUGAAGUAAAGGAUAAUGCCGUAAAAAAAAAGGAACGACGAGCUAUGUACCGAAUCGACAAUUGCGAACACUCGAUGCUGUUCGGUAAGGAAAACGAGCUUCGCGAGAAGAAAGGAUAUUCUCGGUAUCCUCGGCACCGACAGAGGCCGCGAAUUCUCCUAAAGCGAUCCACGUUGACUUUAUUAUCGCUGUAAUAUAUAUCACCGCAGAGUUCCUAUUUCAUCCGACUCGGUUAAGCCGGCCUAAUCAAGUUGAACUGUAACGCGAACGAGAUCGCGGGUCGAUCGCGAGGACCACAGAUUCGAACAUGAGGCCGGAAGUGGCGAACGCGACUAACGCGAACGAUACGUUCCUCAACUGCAGCUCGCUUACCUCGCUCGCGGGCGAAGUCGGGGCCUGUAAGUCUUAUACCCAGGAAUUGGGGUUCGACUACGAAGUGGUGCACAGCAUCAUAAUUGUGGUGGUGCCAUUGUUCUUCGGUAUAAUCGGCAUUCUCGGUUUCGCCGGGAAUUUGCUCGUGGUCGUGGUCGUGGCUGCGAAUCCUGGAAUGAGGUCGACCACGAACAUCCUCAUUAUCAACCUCGCCGUCGCCGAUCUGCUGUUCGUUAUAUUUUGUAUACCGUUCACGGCCACCGACUUCGUCCUGCCGUACUGGCCGUUCGGCAACGUCUGGUGCAAGACCGUACAGUAUCUGAUCAUUGUCACCGCUUAUGCGAGCGUGUACACCCUGGUCCUCAUGAGUCUCGACAGAUAUCUAGCAGUGGUCCAUCCGAUCGCGUCCAUGUCGUGGAGGACGGAGAAUCACGCCAUCCAGGCGAUCUGCAUCAUGUGGGCGUUGAUCCUGGCAGUGUCCAUGCCCGCGAUCAUAAUUCACGGCGAGAAGCCGAACGGGCAGUCGGAAAAUCUGACGGUCUGCCGGUUCCUGAAUGAGCAGUACAACUGGACCGUCUUCCAGAUGACCUUCUUCCUGACGAGCUACGUGCUGCCGCUGGUGCUGAUAUGCAUCUUUUACAUGUCAAUGCUGAUCAGCCUGUGGCGGAGCGCGCGCGACAGCGCCGAGAGCCGACGCGGUAGGAGACGGGCCACCAGGCUCGUCUUCGUCGUCGUCGGCGUCUUCGCCGUCUGCUGGUGCCCCAUACAGGUGAUACUGGUGACCAAGUCCCUGGAGGUGUUUCCGCUUACCACGGCGAUGAUCAUGGUCCAGAUAGUGAGUCAUGUCCUCGCCUAUACUAAUAGCUGCAUUAAUCCUUUCCUCUACGCCUUCCUGAGCGAUCACUUCCGCAAAGCCUUCCGCAAGAUCAUUUAUUGCCGGCCGCGGGCGGAGGUGAACAAUCGGCUGGGACCACCGACGAAGACUACGAGAGCUACCAACUCCGGCAAUAAUCUUUAGACAUAAAUUCACCGAUGACGAUGAUUGGCAUCAAGCUGAUUGGCACGACCUUGCUCUCGCUCUCCCCCCCUGGUUUAAAGCGACGAAUACUUUACGGUCUAUAGAAUAUUCGAUGUUUGAUGUCACCUGGGCAAAUACAGCCGAGCGCAUGUUAUUCCCAAUCCUUUAAUCCUAAUCCCUCCAACUAUGCACUUUCGUGUCCCACGCAUUUCUAACGGUCGUUCGUUCCGGGAAACCAACGAUCGUGAGAUAAUCCCACCCCCCCAUCCCUAAAAAAAGUUGUUGCAGUAAUUAAGGAACAUCAGGAAGAAAUUUCAUAGCCAUAACUCAUUUGUUCUCGAAACGACAAACAAUCAAAAUCGCGUUGGGACACGAAAGUGCAUGGUUGGAGGAUUACGUCAGUGUUGUGUGUAAGUGAGAAAUGUAUUUUUGUGUAAAGGACAU